GUUUGUGGUUGAGUUCAGUAGUGGGUUCACCUGAGGCUCACCUGGGUGGCCCUAGGGGGUGUGUGGUACCAUGAAUGACGAGGGUAAGAGACUCGCUGAGGUGGUCAAGGGCACACACAAAAGGCUCAGGAGAAGGUAUAAGUUAGGUGAAGAUGAAACUCAAGUCUGGCAACAACACAUUCAACAUGUAGAGGAGCUCCACACAUAUGCCAAUGCCAUGCAUACAUUAGCUACCCAACACUGGGAGCCACGACAACAGCAGGUGAACACUUCUCGAGUGACUUGGGUUCACAAUGCCAUCAUGCAGUAUUUCCACGGAGGAGACAUACAACGUACAACGGACAAAGAAAUGCGCAAGUUGGAACACCUCGGAUUGAAAAUGGAUGAGUCUAACAUCGCUGACAGAUGUAAAGUUUUGUUAACCUCAAGAGUGAAAGUCUUAGAUGUGGGAAGCUGUUACAACCCCUUCCUUGUGUACAAAGAGUUUGACGUCAUGGCUGUUGAUCUUUGUCCAGCUCAUCCGUCUGUCAAGAAGUGUGACUUCUUAAGUUUGGAAGUUGUCAAAAAACCCAUAGAAGAUAAUCCUGUAAAGACUGAUGUCCACAGUCAUCCAAAAUUAUUACUGCAGUCAGACAAACAUGAAUCUACGAGUAAAAUUACGUCAGUCACAACAGAUACUUUACAAGACACUAAAUUAUUGGUAUCGGAUAUAUCAAAUACUUCUCAACAAGCAACAGGUAAAGUAGAGUUAACAGAACCUAUAUCAUCAGAUAAAAACAGCAAAGAAGGAGCCACAGCUGCCAUGCCCGAGGCCACCACCAAUAGUAAAUCCACACCAAUGAGGAUUUUGGAUGGUGACACAAGGCUCAGUACAGGAAUGUCUAGAGAAGGAAGAUGUUCACCUGAAAUGUCUAAUACAAGUAUGGCAGAAUGGAGUAGGAGUGUAGAAGUGAAUGAGAAUGUUGAGCCCAAAACAGAUCAAGUUCCCAGGGAUGAAACUGUAGCAUGUCUAGAAGGUGGUUCCUUUGAUGCAGUGGUGUUUUGCUUGCUUCUUGAAUACUUGCCGUCUCCAAAACAUAGAUUCUUGUGUUGCCAGAAAGCUUACAACCUUCUCAGACAUAAUGGUAUUCUGUGUGUCAUCACUCCAGACAGUAAACACCAGAAUGCUAAUGUACAUCUUUAUAAGCUUUGGAAAAUAACUCUCGGAUACAUAGGAUUUUCAAGGACAAAAUAUGAAAAGUUGACACACUUUCACGGGAUGGUUUUCAGAAAAGGGUUAUAUAAGGAAGCCUGGAGAUUGGAUGCUGCCAGGGAAUUAUCUCUCAUGAAAAAGACUAUUGUGAAAAAUAAGUUUGUAGGGAUAAACUAUGAUAAAAUUGACAGUGAAGUUUAUAUUCCUCAGGAUUUUCAAGAUGUGUCAGAUAGUGAAGAAGAAACAAGAUGAAAGAGAAAAGUCAGGUUAUUAAUUUUUGUGAUACAUUUGUGAAUUUCCUUUUAACAAGAAAAUAUAAAUGUUCUUUUGAUAAUUAUCACCACCAUUGUUCACACACAAUGUAUUCAUCUGGAAAAGACAAGACUGUUAACAUUUACUGAUGACUUGAGGAGAGUAUUUGACCAAGAAACAUCCUCAAAGGUAAUAAUAAUGAUCACUGACAAGCGAGAGGUAAUUAUUUUGAGUUUUAUAAAAUAUCUUCUAGAAAAGGUAAUAAUUAAUAAAUAAUAUACAAUAUAUAUUAUUGUCAUGUUUAUUCCUGGUGCCUCUCAAAGUGACUGAUACAGUAUAAUGUGUCCACAAAGGUCUAGAGGUAAGGCAUGCAGGGAGACCUUGACCAAGGCAGCUGAGACUAUUCCAGUGGUCAGCCCUAACCCUUAGUAACAACAUCUUCACUACAGUACUGUACUGUACAUAAUAUAGGAUGAUUGUCUCGACUACAAAAAUGCCGAUUAAUUUUAGAUAAAACGUUUCGCUGCCUUGGUUAUGAACGUUAGCCAUGUUUAUAGUUGUGACCAUGCAAGCAGUUAAGAUAGGAGCAACAAGUCGUAUACUGUAUCUGACCUUUGGUCUCAGUUGAAUCCAUAGUUAAAAUUUGGGGUUGAUGCCAAAUUACUGUAUCACACUGAACAAAUGUUUAUGGAUGCUGUACAGUGUUGUUCAAUACAGAGAAGAAAUUACGAUGAAUGUUCAACAAUGAAAGGUCAGGUUACUGCUUGAAGCGGUAACACAGUAUAAAGAGUUGCCUGAUGACACUGAAGCUCUCCUGCAUUACAUACUAAUGAUGUUACUUUCCCAGCAUAAGUGAAAUGGGUGAGGGAUUACUGAAAUAUAACUUGAUAUAAUAAUUUAAACAUACAGAAAGUUAACAUUUAUUAAGGACAAACAUAACACUGCUGCUUGACAUGCAGAACUGAAGAUUCCAUGCAUAAGCUGCUUGGCACUUGAUGCAUGUGACCAAUUAACCCUUUGUGUAUGGGAUCCUCUCUGUGCUGAAUAAAAUCGUCUGGCAUCAUCCAAAUAAAAUAAUAAAGGUGACAUCUGGCAGUGUAAGGGUUAAGAGACUGGUAUCAGACAGUGAGGAUGUGUUGCAUCAAAGGCUUUAUCAUCUGACUAAGAAAAGUUACAUAAAGCAAAGGAUAUACAGAAUCAAGUUGAGAGAGGGAGUAACAUGAAAGUAUAUUUUCAGAAAAGUAGUAGAGUAAUACAGAACAAAGGCUGUUAUGUCAGAUUAUGACAAGGGACAAGAUAAAACAAAGGCUGUUACCCUGUAUAGUGAACAGGGAGCCAGUGUAAAACAAAGGGUCUACGUCCUACCAGAGAGAGGGGAUGGUCAGGGCUUGUUAUCGGGGAUGUGGAGUUGUACAAAAUUAUAAGUGUGAUUUUAUGAUUAAUAAUGUCAAAUAAAGGGUCAUAUAUUAACUGGGAAAGAAAUAAGAAGUUACUUGAGAGGUGGUCGAGGAUGUUCUGGCCCAGUACUGUACUGUAGGUACUUGGAAAGUUCAAUAAGAAGAUUUUUUAGAACUAAGAAAAAGAAAAAAGAAAAUUAUAAAAAU